AUGAAGUUGGGCAAAGUGGAGUUCUGCCAUUUUCUGCAGAUGCUAGCUCUUUUCCUGUGUCUUUCUGGGAUGAAUCAAGCAGAGCUCUCAAGGUCCAGGUCAAAGCCGUACUUUCAAUCAGGAAGGACGAGAACCAAACGCAGCUGGGUGUGGAAUCAGUUCUUUGUGCUGGAAGAAUACAUGGGUACAGACCCACUCUAUGUAGGAAAGCUUCACUCUGAUGUUGAUAAAGGAGAUGGUUCCAUCAAAUACAUCUUGUCAGGCGAAGGGGCAAGUUCCAUUUUCAUUAUUGAUGAGAACACGGGGGAUAUUCAUGCUACAAAAAGGCUGGAUCGAGAAGAGCAGGCCUACUACACUCUCCGAGCACAAGCACUAGAUAGGCUGACUAAUAAACCUGUGGAGCCAGAAUCUGAGUUCGUCAUUAAGAUUCAGGACAUCAAUGACAAUGAGCCAAAGUUUCUGGAUGGUCCUUACACUGCUGGAGUUCCCGAGAUGUCUCCUGUGGGUACCUCUGUGGUUCAAGUGACAGCCACUGAUGCAGAUGAUCCUACUUACGGCAACAGCGCUCGAGUGGUUUACAGCAUAUUGCAAGGACAACCUUACUUUUCUGUGGAACCAAAAACAGGUGUUAUCAAGACUGCCCUUCCAAAUAUGGAUAGAGAAGCCAAGGACCAAUAUCUACUAGUUAUUCAAGCAAAGGAUAUGGUUGGGCAGAACGGUGGAUUAUCAGGGACUACAUCAGUAACUGUCACCCUGACUGAUGUUAAUGACAACCCACCCCGCUUUCCACGACGAUCAUAUCAGUAUAAUGUCCCAGAGUCUUUGCCAGUAGCUUCUGUGGUGGCCAGAAUAAAAGCUGCAGAUGCAGAUGUGGGACCUAAUGCUGAAAUGGAGUAUAAAAUCGUGGAUGGUGAUGGUUUGGGAGUGUUCAAAAUUUCUGUUGACAAAGACACUCAGGAAGGAAUCAUAACAAUACAGAAG